AUGGGUAACGAAGUCAGUCAACAGACUGAAUCCAACGCACCAACCCAAGUCGCGGGACCCCUACAACCAUGGACUGCCCUAUCCCUGUAUCCGCAAACCACUNCGCCUGCUGAGACAACAUAUAGGCCAACACAAGUGGCAACAUGUACAGCUCGUGGAACCCCUGAGACUACGAUGCACUGCGAACGAGAAAAUGGCAACACUAAAGCAAACCUCAUCCCUCUGAGCACCGAGGAUGACGCAGUCAGACAAGCUGCAGAGAUGUCACUGACAUCGGAAGAGAUGGAACAUAUAAAUCAAGUACUCUCACGAGUGAAACAGUUGGAACAACGAGAAGAUGCGCGAAUAAAGUAA